AUGGCAACAACAACUUCUCUUGAACUGGCGAGAUACUCUGUAUCUUUCGGCAUCUUCCAAGAAUACUACACCGCGCACACAAAUCUCAAAGCCUCUCCAAGUUCAAUUGCUUCAAUCGGCGCAUCCCAGACAGGAAUCAUGUAUCUCAUGAUGCCUCUCGCUUUCAUCACUCUCAAUCGCUUCCCUCGUAUGCGUAGAUGGUGCGGACCUCUUGGUCUUGCCAUCACCAUCGUUAGCUUGACUUCUUCUGCAUUCGUUAGCAAAGUUGCUGGACUUAUUGCAACACAAGGAGUUUUGUACGCUAUUGGGUGUAGUUUGCUGUUCAGCCCCAUCUCACUUUACAUGGACGAAUGGUUCGUCGAGCGCAAGGGUUUUGCGUACGGCGUUAUGUGGGCGGGCAAAUCGACAGUUGGUGUUGCCAUGCCAUUCUUGUUCAAUGUCUUGCUCCAAAAGUUCGGACUCAAAGCGACUCUUCUUUCUUGGACAGUCGCUUCGGCUGCUAUGACUUUGCCUACGCUUCUCUUCCUUAAGCCUAGAGUUGAGAUUAGCCGCGACUCAAGGCCACGACCUAUCAGCUUUGCUUUCUUGGGACUUCCGUCAUUCUGGAUGCUUCAGUUCGGCGUUAUCAUCCAGUCGCUUGGAUACUUGAUGCCAAGUACUUAUCUGGCUAGUUACGCCAGCGCAAUUGGACUUUCAUCAGUCACUGGACCGAUCCUGCUAGCACUCUUUUCACUUGCCUCUGUGCCCGGAUCUCUCAUCCACGGCAUGCUAGGUGAUAAGGUGUCUGCCGGCAAAGUCAUUCUUGUCUCUUCUUUAGGAAGCGCACUCCCAGUGUUUCUUCUAUGGGGUCUGAACCGCCAUAUCAGCACCAUGGUGGUAUUUGUGAUCCUCUAUGGAUUCUUCGCUGGUGGUUUCAGUGCUACUUGGUCGGGUGCUCUUCAGGAAGUCAAAGGAGAUAACGAACUGACUGAUACAUCUUUGGUGUUUGGCAUGUUACUUGGAGGUCGUGGGUUGGGCUUUGUUGUUGCUGGCCCUUUGAGUGGUGCACUCAUCUCUGCUGGGAACUCGCUGGCGACUGGUGACAGUCUUGGAUAUGCGACCAGGUAUGGUCCAAUGAUUCUUUGUACAGGAGUCACAGCGGUUCUCGGAGCAUGGGCCCCUAUUUGCAAGAUGGCAAAAGCCGUCAGGAUGAAGGGGUUUGGUACUUGUGUAAGGGUAACUGCCUGA